AUGCAGGAGAAAACAGCCAAGAGAAAGACGAUCAAGAUCAAUAUACAUACAGUUAAGAGAGACACCGCGAGCAAGAGAGGUCGUUGGUUUAUCUGGAAAAUGAACGGCGGCCCAUCUGGUUUCAAUAACGCGCUGGUGACAAGGACGAUAGUAAUUGCGAGUGCCCUUCUCACGAUCCUAUUUGGGAUUCAAGGUCGCUCCGGCAUCGUUGGUUGGUCCUAUCAGGAUAUUUUCAAGAAACUUCAAAUAUGGAAGCUCAUAGCGUCAGUUUUUGCCUUUUCAUCUACACCAGAACUAGUUUUUGGAAUUUAUCUGCUGUAUUACUUCCGUGUGUUUGAGAGGCAAAUUGGUUCAAACAAAUAUUCUGUCUUCAUCUUGUUUUCUGUCAUUGUCUCUUUACUGCUCGAAGUCCUCGCACUAAAACUACUCAAAGAUCUUUAUUUUUCUGGCAGAUCCCUCCUUGACUAUACUCGCAUCAGGACCCUACGAUCUUAUAUUUUCUUCGUUUAUACUCAGGAGAAAACAGCCAAGAGAAAGACGAUCAAGAUCAAUAUACAUACAGUUAAGAGAGACACCGCGAGCAAGAGAGGUCGUUGGUUUAUCUGGAAAAUGAACGGCGGCCCAUCUGGUUUCAACAACGCGCUGGUGACAAGGACGAUAGUAAUUGCGAGUACCCUUCUCACGAUCCUAUUUGGAAUUCAAGGUCGCUCCGGCAUCGUUGGUUGGUCCUAUCAGGAUAUUUUCAAGAAACUUCAAAUAUGGAAGCUGAUAUCAUCAGUUUUUGCCUUUUCAUCUACACCAGAACUAGUUUUUGGAAUUUAUCUGCUGUAUUACUUCCGUGUGUUUGAGAGGCAAAUUGGUUCAAACAAAUAUUCUGUCUUUAUCUUGUUUUCUGUCAUCGUCUCUUUACUGCUCGAAGUCCUCGCACUAAAACUACUCAAAGAUCCCUCCUUGACUGUACUCGCAUCAGGACCCUAUGAUCUUAUAUUUUCUUCGUUUAUACCCUUCUAUUUCGACAUUCCUGUUUCAACAAGGUUUCGAGUUUUCAGCCUCCACUUUUCCGACAAGACUUUUAUUUAUUUAGCUGGUCUUCAGCUUCUUCUGUCAUCCUGGAAAAAAUCUAUGUUACCUGGGAUCUGCGGUAUUCUUGCGGGUUUCCUGUAUCGCUUAAAUGUUCUUCAUGUUCGUAAGAUUAAGUUUCCCGAAUUUAUUGCCUCGUUCUUUUCGCGGCUUUCUUGGCCAUUCACGGGUAGUGCAUCACCCACUGCACCAGCUAGCAAUAUCCUGGGAAGUUCACCAUUCCACGCAAGUCAGGCAGUGGAGAGGAACUAUCCUGCAUCCUUGUCGUCUACAAUAGAGCCAGCUGAUGACUCUGUUGCCACACUGGUUUCUAUGGGGUUCGAGAGGAAUUCAGCUAGGCAAGCACUGAUUCAUGCCAGAAAUGACAUUAAUGCCGCCACCACCAUCCUUCUCGAGUCACAGGCACAUUGA